AGUGCUGAUCAUGAAUGAUAAGAUACAUAUUCCUGUGACUCUCCUCCAUAUACCUCCUUACCCUCAAUCGUUUUUCUCUCUCUUUCAUAAAUUCACUUAAAUAAUUAAGUUUCAUAUUUUUAGCUGAUUCAAGAAAGUUGACUUCUUCCCAACAAUCACAGGUUUUCCGAGAAAUUUUCCUAAGAGUAUGUUGUGGCUUAGAUGUGCAGAACAACUAUUUCGAGGGUCGUGCUGAUUUGUGAACAUGGAAAUGGAGAAAACAUGUGAAUUUUGCAUGUUAUUGAAGCCAGUGGUGUAUUGUGAGUCUGAUGCAGCACACCUUUGCCUUUCCUGUGAUGCUAAAGUUCAUUCAGCUAAUGCCCUUUCUAUUCGGCAUCCUCGCACCCUUGUCUGCGAGCCUUGUGGAUACAACCUAGCUUAUAUUCGAUGUUCGGAUCAUCAAAUGUUCAUGUGUCGUGACUGUGACUGCCGCCAUCACGACCUCUCUUCUCAACACCAGAGAAAAGUGAUCACUAGUUAUAUGGGGUGUCCUUCUGCCAAGGAUUUGGCAGCAUUGUGGGGUUUCGGCUUGAAAGAUUUGGAAAAUACUACUCCACCAGAUAAGUUCAUCUCAACAUCAAAUGGAACGGUAAAUGGAGCCAAGGUCAAUCCAAAAAUUGUCAAACGGUCUCACUCAGCUGGGGGCUCUUCCUUGGCUACUGAACUCGACUUCAGAGGUCCAAUUGUCUCUGCAGAAGCAGAAGUCGGAUCAACUAGUAACCACACUAAGACGUUAUACUUGCAUAAACGGCGGGAGAGCACUUCUUUCAUUCUACAACAGAUUCUUGACUUGGAAAGACUUCAGCUGACAGAGGGCAGUAACAAUUUAACAAGCGGAGAAAGUCAAAAUAAUGUUUCUUCAUUCAAGAAUGGUACUUCAUGGAAUAUGCAUAGUAAAUCUGAUCGCUUGCAGAAUUCUCUUGAUCUUGGCCCUGAACUUCAGGAUUGGGGCACUACUCAUGAAAGUCCAGCUGCUGAAUCUUUUCCAUUACCGAUGCCAGAUGGAGAUUCGUUUUGGGAAUGUAAAAGUCCAGUUCAGAGUAGUCAGCUUUGGCCUCAAAAUCUACAAGAACUAGGACCUUAUGCUGAAGAAGGACGUUUUGACAAUUCCAACAUGCCUGAUGUUGAUUUGACCUUCCAAAAUUUUGAAGAACUCUUUGGCGAGGAGCAAGAUCUGAACAACACAUUGCUUAAUGAGGAGGAUAUGACAUGCUCCUCUAUGGAGAAUUAUUCUUCGAUGGAUAAAUCAGAUCAUAGCUACGUCAAGAAGGUUGAGGAUAUAUCAAAAGCUUCAUCAAUCUGCAAAAGACGGCCAACUCACUUCAGCCAAAGCCAUGUUACCUCUGAUGAACACAUUCCCACAAUCAAGGAUUGUCCUCCACCAAUUCGAACAAAUUUUUCAUCGUUGUCCUUCUCAGCAUCAAGGCUGAGCAGUGAAAGCAGUGGUAAUGAGUACGUGGAUUCACCCGCUUCCAACGAGCAGGAGGUUUCAUAUAAUUCACAGUUGGACAGUAAAGAGAAUCAAUUAGCAAUGCACAAAGAAAAGAAGAAGGCUCGGCUUUCUGUAUUCAGGUUUGAGAAACAAGCUCGGAAUACACCUCGAAGAGCCAGGACUAAUUUAAAAAAGCAUCCAAUAAAAGGGAGGAUCCUAAAGGUGGACAGAUAUGAAUCUGAUGCAGUUAGUUUGUCUCGAAGCUUUUAAAGUUGCCCUGGUUGAAUGUGUGCGACUCGUGUACAUACCAUCAAGCAUCGCUCAGUAACUCAAGACAUCGUUCUGAGCAUCUGUUGUAUGUCCGCUCCUGUUAAUUGUUUCUUCGUUACCUUAGUGUAAAGCCUAAUUUUGUGUUCUAACAGAAAUGAGCUACAUUUAUGCUGGCUUUUAUGUUUGCUGUUAUCAUUCAACUCUUUCUGUGUCUUAUGCUCUUCAGAAGCAACACAAUGGAGAUAAAGUGAUUAAACAAGAUUUGUUUUCUGAA